CUUUAUUUUACCUUUUACCACUGAGUCUUAAGUGGCUCUGCUAGGUUUACGCCCUCAUCUAUUACUUCAUGUGUAGAAAAAAUAGCACAGAGUUGGUACGUUUGUUUAAAGAACAAACUUUGACAAAGGAGGAGAGUAGACAGAGGUCCAUAGACUAGCGCUGACAAUAAUAGCCCAGGAAUUAAUAUAAAAUGCUGAAGUAAAUCCCCUUCAUUCUUUAUCAAUCACACCAUCUUUUUUCCUUUUCUUUUUUCCUUUUCUUUUUUCCUUGUCUCCCACUUUCCUUUCCUUCCACAUCACUUGAUUACGUCGCUUUUGGAUCACAAACCAGUAAGAACAAGAAUAGAAUAAAAAAGAUGUCUCCAAAAGGCUCAACGAUUCUCGUCACAGGCGGAUGUGGUUAUGUUGGCUCCCAUACGGUAUUGAGCCUCCUGGAAUCAGGAUAUAAGGUCGUAGUCCUCGACAACCUCUCCAAUACGUCCAAUGGCGGCACAGAUGCUGCAGCGACUAACACUCCCGAAGCCCUCAAGCGCAUUCAAGAGAUUCUCUCUAUAGACGAGCCUAUCCCAUUCUAUCCCGUGGAUAUCGUCGAUAAGCCAAGCCUGAUUAAAGUCUUUGAAGCUCAUCCAGACAUCUCUGCGGUCAUUCACUGUGCAGGACUCAAAUCUGUAGGCGAAUCAGGACGUAGACCUUUAGACUAUUAUAACGUCAACAUUGCUGGAACAGUGUAUUUACUCCAGGUCAUGGAGGAUUUCAAUGUUCGUCGCAUUGUCUUCUCAUCAUCUGCAACUGUCUAUGGAGACCCACCCGUCAUCCCCAUCCCAGAGACAUCGCCCAUUGUGGCCUCGAUGAGCCCUUAUGGAAGGACCAAGGUAUUUUUGGAGCACAUCAUCCGUGAUUUGUGCGUUGCUUCCAGCGUCAAGCAGAAAGAAUACGAGAAAGAGCAAGCGGAUAAGGGUGCCAAGGUUGAGAUCGAUUACCGCUGGAGCGCAAUGUUGUUGAGAUAUUUCAACCCUGCAGGAGCACAUCCAAGUGGUAUUAUGGGCGAAGAUCCUCAAGGCAUCCCUAACAACCUGAUGCCUUAUCUAGCCCAAGUCGCCGUAGGUAACUUGGAGAAGCUCACUGUCUUUGGAAAUGACUAUCCAACCAAGGAUGGAACUUGCAUUCGUGAUUACCUGCAUGUAGUUGACUGCGCUGAUGGCCAUGUUGCAGCCUUGGAGAAGAUCGAGCGCGAUGAAUCCGAAGGGAAAUUUGAGUGCAAGGCAUAUAACUUGGGUGUAGGGACUGGAUGCUCCGUUCUGGAUAUGGUUCGUGCUUUCAGUAAAGCCGUGGGUCGGGAUCUACCCUACGAGAUCUCAGGACGUCGUGCUGGGGAUGUGCCCAAUCUGACUGCAGAUCCUUCGUUGGCUAACAAAGAACUGAACUGGAAAGCAGUCAAAACUCUUGAUCAGAUGUGUGAAGACUUGUGGAGAUGGCAGCGCAAUAAUCCCAACGGAUUCAGAACCCAAAAAUAGCUUUGAUAUCAACAAUAAAACAUUGUCCAUUAAAGAGUUUAGUUGAGGUGUUGUGAC